CUGCCCGGCGCAGGCGCCGCAGCGGAGCGGGGCGGGAGCAGGCGUGGGAGCGCCGCGGGGCUCGCUCUGUGCGCGGGGCGGUCUCCGCUCGGUUCCCGCCGGGCGCCAUGCGGGUGCCGCUGUCCCUCCUGGCUGUCGCGGCGCUGCUGGCGCCCCGCCGGAGCGCGGCUUCCCAGGGGGAGCAGCCGCCCGCAGUGCCUUCACCAACAGGGAUUGUAGUAACAUCUGAAAAUUUCAAAACAGUUUUGCAUUGGCAGUACCCAUCUAUGUCUGAAACUCCUCGUUUUAUUGUGGAAAUCAAGCCUUACAAUUUAGGUCACUAUAAGAACGUCUCAACCUGUGUGAACACUUCAGCUUAUUUUUGUGAUCUCUCAGUGGAAAUAUGUGACCCUUAUUCAUCUCACUGGCUUCGAGUUAAAGCUGUUGUUGGGUCACAACAGUCUGAAUAUGUUGAGGCAAAUGAGUUUAUUUUGCAAAGGCAUGGAAAAAUAGGACCGCCAAAACUGAAUGUCUCAAGACAUGGUGAUAAAAUCAUGGUUGAUAUUCACCAUCCUGUAUUCCCUCUUUCUUGUAUUGAAGACAUUUAUUCACAUCUUGCCUACUUAGUGACUGUUCAGAAUAGUAAAAAUGAGACUGAAGAGCUCUACGAGGACAACUGUACAAUGCCUAAGUGUAGCCUCAAAAUCCCAGUUCUUACUGAAGGUUCCACUUACUGUGUUUCAGCAAUAGGAAUUUUUGAUUCUCUGAUGGUUGGCACUCCAUCAGAGGAAAGAUGCAUUCCUGUUCCUGUCAGGCAGACAUUGAGUACACAUGGUAUCGUCAUCCUUUGUGUUGUUAUUGGGAUCUUGACGGUAAUACCGACAGUAUAUUGUGGCUGCAAGAAACUGAGGAAGAACAACAUACAGCUGCCUAAGUCUUUGGUCAGUGUGAUGAGAAACCUGAACACAGGCACCUUAGCAGGACCAAGAUCAGAGGGGAAGUACAUACCUGUAACAUCAGGCCACUCGGAGUUGCCAGUGAAUGGAGAAGUAAACUUGCUGGAGAUAGAGCCAAAAGAACAAACUGUUAGUCCUGUGAAUUCCUGUGAUGAAGAAUCUUCUGUCCCUUCCCCAGAGGCACCAGCCAAAGCAGAAGAGGUGCCUGUGCAGGAAAGCACAGAGGAGAUCACUUUUGAUGCUGAUGUACAAAACAGCGAAGGAAAAGAGAGUUACUUCAUUUCUAACAGUAGCCAAAUGGAUAUAUGCAGUAAGUCUUCGGGAUCAGAGAUGCCUCCCACAGAAACACAGCAAACAGUAAUUCCUAGCAACUGCUUCAAGUUUUCUGGCUAUGACAAGCCUCAUGUUCCGUUGGAUAUGUUGAUGAUAGAUGUUGGUGAAGAACAGCCUGUGAAUGCUUACAGACCAACUGAGUAGCCAGGAUAACUGAAGUGCUUAACCACAACUCAGAAGGAAGAGCAUUACUGAAGGUUGUGGAAAGUCUGGGUUAAAUUGUGAGCACCUACAAGUUGUACUUGUUCUGAUCAGUACACAAUUGAAAAUAGUACCUGAAAAUGGCAUAAAAAGUGUGGGGAAAUUUCAUAAUAGCCACCUUAAGAAUGCUUUUAUAUAUGAUAUAACUCAUUAUUUCCUAUUUCAAAUAGCGCUGUGUUUUUUGACAAUACUCUAUAGAAAACAUACCAUUGACUAUAAAACAGCAGCUGUACCGUUAUUCACUUCUGCUUCAAAUCUUGUUCAAAAUUAGUUGAAUGAACAUAAUGCUUAAGAAAUCCUUCACUUGAUUAUGACAGGCAUGUGCAAGAAAUUUUUGAGAGUUUUUACUGUUACUGGAGGUAUCCUCUUGCUUAUCUUUUUCUUUUGAAGAGUAUUUUAUAUUAAAUUAAGUGCUCUUAUUUCUUUUAAAUAAGAUUAUGCCUAUAAGCUCUUCCUGUAUAUCUUAAGAAUUUGAUUCCAUGUCAAAGAAGUAAGAAGUAAUGGCCAUAAACUAACAGCAUAAGAAGUUCACCUCAAUAUGAGGAAGAACUUUGCAUUGAGGGUGGGUGGCAGAGCACUGGAAGGGGCUGCCCAAGGAGAUCACGAAGUCUCCCUCUCUGAAGACAUUCAAAAUCCACCUGAACUCAUUCCUAUGUCAGGUGCUCUAGGUGACCCUUGCCUUGCCAGGAAGUUGGACUGGAUGAUUUCCAGAGGUUCCUUCCAACCCUUACAAUUCUGUGAAAUUGUAGUCUUUGCUGUUAACUUCAGUACAGCAGCACCCAUUUGGAUCACCUAGUGGAAUUCUGGCAGAACAUAUUAGCAAGCUGACUGAUCAUCACUGAGAAAAAAAAGUCCAAUGGGUGGUUGCACAAAUUCUUUAGAAAAUGUCCUCAAAACUCAAAAACCUGGUUCUUCUGGGAUACUUUUAUCCUAAUUUUUAGAACAAUACGUUCUCUAAAUAGAAAUUAAUAGAACUUCUUACAAGCAUGUUUUCUAGCAGGAUGAAAAUCACUGUAAUUUCCUGUUUUAAUAACAUAACUCAGGAACUACGUAAAGUCACCCUCUGAAAAUAUGUCUCAAGACAAUAGGGAAAUAGUGUGGUUAAGUUGUACUUCGUAAGUUUUAUUGUCAUCUGACAGCCUUCUGAAUUUUGUAUCAUAGAGUUGUAGUUUUGAAAACUGAGGAAUAAGAAUUUUGUAUUUUAUAUAUAAUUUUUUUCGUAUUGAAAUCCAUGCAAUCAAUUUAUUUCUCUUUAAUCAAGAUUUGAUAGGUAUUUUCUAUUUGUAGGAAAUGUUUAUAGCAAAUUAUUAAUGAAGGGAAAAAAAACACACUACGAGUACAAGUUGGUCCAUUUAAAAAGACAUUUCUAUAGGGUUAUCAGAAUUGUUAGCCUGUUACAGCAGGUGGUUUUAAAGGAAAACCAGUGUCAUAGUACUUCUGUCUGUACAUUUCUCAGUGGCAUGAGUACUCUUAAGGUGAAGUUAGUUUAUACAGGAGUUUCGGGAGUGCUUCUGUUCCUGUAUAUAUCAGAUAUUGAUAUAUGCAGUGGUGCAAAAGAUUUAAAGACAAUAAUGGUGCACAAUGGUGCAAAAGAUUUAAAGACAAUAAUUUUUCCCAUCACUACUGCACAGGAAGGUAACAGACUGGUUACCAGGGUUUUGAUAAUUUUAGGAAAAGCCAAAUCAAGCAGGUGAAUUUUGUAGUUAUGAUGUCAUGGAAAGCCCAGUUAAUAAUUGUUAGCUGGCUGUGAUUUGUUUCUGCAUUCUAUUCAAACAUAAUGAGACCCCCUAGCAACUUUUUCAAUGUCUUGUUCUGGGUUGAGUUCCUAGAAGGCAGCGCUUAGUGACUUACUGCUCAGGAUGCACCAGUGUGUAGGUCUCCCCAUGGUGCAGAAAAUAACACUCUUGGUGUUACGAGUAGGAUUUUUGAAAAUCAGCAUUAAUUGCAGUUGAAACUUCAACUAAACUGACUUUCCAGGUUGUGAUGUGGUUUAUCACUGAAGCUCCUAGCAGGCUGUCUACAAAGUAGAUGAGCAGCUGUGUCUUGUGCAAAGAUUGGAGUUGAUGCAAUUUCUUUCUGAGUUUGGAGGUUUGUUGAUGAAUAUGAAUUGCAGUAAAUACCUCAGGGAUUUAUAAAUGUCAGAGAAGUGUUUAAGGUAAAUUUGGCUCUGAAGGGAUAAAGAGAACGUUAGAAACUGUAAGAUUAGUCUUGUUUUUUGGGAAGAAGUUUCUGACCAGACAAUUUGCUGAGUAUUUUCUUUGCAACUGCUCAGAGUAUUUAACCUUGCACUUGGUAGCUUAUUUUCCUUCUGUCAGUUUUGUGGGAGGAAAAAAAAAAAAAAAGUUGAUGCUGUCCAAGAAAAUCAGGAAUUUAGGAAUAUUUGAUAUAUCUGCCACAAAACCAAGAUUCUGUCAGAAGCAUGUAAUUUUUUUUUAAAUUAGGUUUACAUUCUUAGCAGUUCAUGAGGAAACCCUGGUGCUGUUAGAACUAAGACUUAGCAUCUUAGAUUUGUGUGAGCUGUGUUUCAUUGUUCUGGAAGAUUUUCCUUUGCUGACACAGUGGAAGAGGAGUGCAGAUAGACACAUUUUAAAACCAAGUUACUAUCUCCAGUUCUUUUCUCUUAACCCUGCAAUACAACUACAUUGUACAUUCUUCUGAAUGUUUCAACUCACACAGAGUCAAAUGUGAGUAAAAGGACCCAGCCAGGAGCUAGGAAAUCAUUAAGAACAGCGAUGUUAAGAUCAAUAAGAAAUGACACAAAAAUAUAUCAUAACAUAUGGGAAAAAUUUGUCAUGGCAGGUAGUCACAUAUAUUGGAACGGUGGUAUUAUUUUAGAAGCUGAAAAUCAACAGCAGUAUGAGUGCUUUGUACUAUAUCACAUAUAUGUACAACAGACCUGCUCUUGAAAUAAAACAAGGUUAAAUGUACUUUUAAAUCAAAAUUCUGAGCUGUAAACACAGAAGCCACUGAACUAGCACCAUCCCUGCAGUCAGUCUUCUGUAUGCUGCAUACUUACCUAGUGGCACAGGGAUAGUUUAGAUGUUUAAAUUGCUCAGGCCAGUUUAGAGCUUUUGUAGUUGUGAAAUAAAGAAGUUUAAGGGUGCAGGAUUCUUUUACUAGCUGUGACUAGCUGAAAAUGUGAGGCCACAGUGAGACAAAAUGUGUUUCUGGGUCAGUAAGCUCUGUUCCCACCAGUCCUAUUUUUAGCAGUUGCCAGUAGUGGUAUUGAAAGCCUAAGAGUAGGGCAAGUCAUGGUGGUAAUCUCUGGAUACAAUCCAGCAGCUUGCAGUGUGAGGAUUCCUUGGGAUGGGAAUGGAAAGCCUUUCCAGCUACAGCUAGUUAGCCUUGCUUUUGCAGUUCUGUAAUACCAGCUAUCUGAGCAAUGUUGUUGGCAACCUGUCAGGCAGUAUUUAUCUAUACAUUUUCACCUGAGUUUGUUAAUUAAUAUUCUUGUGAUGAAGUCGUUUCCUUGAGCUUCUGAGUAUUCAUACACAGCACCUUGAUCCAGAAUGUGGAAGUGCCUAACAUUUAUACAUUGAAAAUAAUGUAAUAUUCAUGCCUUUUGUAGGCCUAUCCAGUAUGACACACUUAAAAGGUUUUGCCUUUUCUAACCUUUUCAGCUGAUUUUUACUCUUGUCCUGGCUGCUUAGUACUCCUUUCCUCUCGCUUCAAGGUAAUUUGGGUGAUAAGUUAAGACUCCAAAACAUUAUAUCCUGUGAAAGAGAACUUCACAAAACUUUGGCCUCAUACCUGCCAACAUUUCUAAGAACUUCUUUAGUUCUUGUUCUUGAGUGGGCAUUGUAAUUUUUAUUACUAGAUCUGCAGUUAACAAUGAGGUAUUGUGGCAGUACUGUGUGCUGGCACAGAAACAUCAAAUCUGCUUUUGUGUGGUUUUCCACAUAAGUCAAUAAUGUAGUUUAAAAAAAAUUUGUCAAAUCUACUGACAUGUGUGGAAACAAGACAGUUGUCUGGAACAGAUGCACAUACUUUUUUUUAAACCCUUCAUAGAAGAUUGCAGAAAAAGAAACUUGCAUGAGAAAACCUGCUUUUCUCAGGGUUAGAAAUAACCCGUUGCUCUGAAGUGGUUCCAUGUAAACAGUUGAAUAUUAGUAAGAGAUGUUGUACUUUGUUCAAAUCAAUAGUUUCAGCACGUCUUAAACCAAAAACCCAAAAAGCAAAAACACACAACCAAAAUGACAAGCCAAAUACUAAGCACCUUUUAUCUUAGGAAAAGGUGACCUGUGUAAAUUCUUUUAGUGUGUGGUUUUUUUUUUUUUUUUUUUUUGUAGUUCAGUCCUUUAACUAUCAAGUUCUUGUUUAUUAAUACUCUCUAUCUUCUCUAAAUGGAUGCCAUCAUUGGGCUGAAAUCUGUAAUGAAAUUUCUGUAAAUACUGUACAGUUUAAAUGUUUUUAUAUGUAAAUAAAAAAAAUAUCUAAGAAGAAAAA